UUAGUGAAAUAAAUGAGGAAGAGUGUAGGAUCUCUAGAUCGGCAAAGGGGAUGGCUGAGAUGAAGUUCGGGUCUGAAGCUUUGGUUGGUGGGGAAUCGGAAAACAGGAGCUAGGGCAGAGUUUGGCGUCGGGUAGGGGAGCGUCUGCUAGAGUCGGAUCGAGCAGCUUGGUGGAGAUCGGAGGAAGGAGCUCGGCUGCGAGCGAGGUAACUUUUUUCGGACGUUACAACAUUUUGAUCUGAAGCAACGACGGUAGCUCGCUCGCUGUGAAGGCUGGGAAAAACGUAAAGGACAUGCAGAACAAAACCAUAUCAAAGUUGUUUUGUAUCACACUUGAAUUGUUUUUGCAUUUGGGCGUAUUGGAGGGAACCAGUGCUGGAUAAUCAAACAGAACAAAUUCAAGCUGCAACUUACUCCUGUUUAUCAGUCAUCGCCUGUCUUUUAUCUUAAGAGAGGAAGUUGUAAUCAUGGCAGACUUGGAGAAUUUGCUACUACAAGCUGCUGGAAGAACUGGCACAUCAUCUAGAAAGAACCAGUCCCAUCCACAUUCAAGAUGGCGACGAGACGAAUCAUUCUCGGAUGGAAGUGACUCGAAAGAGGAUGAUUCUGAUAGCUCUAAGUUCAACAAGCGGAGACACUCUGGAUCACAAGUUCCUCUAAAGAAGAGGCUAGAUCCUCCUGAGAAAGACAAGAGGAGCAACUGGGUAGAUGAUCAUGAUGACAGGCUCAGUGGUGAUGAUUCUGACAGUGCACCUUCUGUUGGAAGUGAUCUGUACAGAGAUGAGGCGGAUAAGGAAGAGCUGGGAAAACUGACUGAGCUGGAUCGGGAGAUGAUUUUAGCAGAACGAAGCACAAAGAUUGAUGAUUACCGCUUGAAGAAGAAAGCAAGGGCCUCAUCAACAAACUUGGAGAAAUCUAGAAAAGAGAGCCCCCCACCUCUCUCUUCUCGUGGACGUUCUUCUGUCAGGACAGAGAAGACAGGUGCAAAAACUGAUGCAUUAAAUGAGUUGCGUGCAAAGAGGAUGAGGCAGCAGGAUCCAGAGGGUUACCGCAGGUUAAGGGAUUCGGGUGGAAUGACUGGGUCUACUUUUGGUAAUAGAGAUCCUUCUCCUCCCAAACACCGUUCUCUUUCUAUUCCUGCACUUGAUUCAAGCGAUAGUGAUGAUGAGGGAACAAGUGUUGAUGGUAAGGAAGACAAAAUACCUGAAGACGUUGAUAUUGGGGAUAAUUUAGAGGAUUUAUUGACAUCUAAAUCAGAACCAAUUAGGUAUGAAGAUGCCAAAGAAAUAACAAUUCGCCGAUCAAAGUUGGCUAAAUGGCUUAUGGAGCCUUUCUUUGAAAAUAUUAUUGUUGGAUGUUUUGUAAGAGUUGGUAUCGGAAAGACACAGAAAGGUCCUAAGUAUAGGCUUUGUGUCAUUAAAAAUGUGGAUGCAAGUGACCCAGACAGAACUUACAAGCUUGAGGGCCGCACCACUUGCAAGUAUCUAAACUGUGUGUGGGGCAGCGAGGCCUCAGCAGCCAGGUGGCAGAUGGCUAUGGUUUCUGACUCUCUACCUACUGAGGAUGAAUUCAAAGAGUGGGUAAGAGAGGUGGAGAGAAAUGGGGGCAGGAUCCCAUGUCGGCAAGAUGUGGAUGAUAAGAAGGAAGAAAUUAAAAAAGUUAGCACUUUUGUUUAUUCAGCAGAUACAGUAAAGCAGAUGUUAAAGGAUAAGAAAUCAGCUUCUUCGAGGCCAUUAAACAUUGCAGCUGAGAAAGACCGUCUUAGGAAAGAGAUAGAAUCGGCAGAGAGUCAUGGAAAUGGCACGGAGGUAGAUAGGAUCCGGGCGAAGCUGAAGGAGCUAGAAGACUUAUCUAGGCAGCCUAAGAGAAUUGAUGCUAAGGCGAUCAAAUUAGCAGAAAUGAACCGAAAGAAUCGAGCAGAGAACUUUAGGAAUGCAUCAGAGGUGAAGCCAGUAAAUACCAGCUUAAAGGCUGGUGAAGCAGGUUAUGAUCCCUUCUCAAGAAGAUGGACUAGGUCUAUUAACUAUUAUGAGCCUGCCAAGCCUGGGGUAGAUGGAAAUAGACCAAUCACAAAUGGUGGUAAUGAGAAUGUAGUUGCUAGUUCAGGAGAUGCAAAUGGGGUGACUGCAGGUAAUGGAGUGGAAGUUGGCGUGUUAGCCACUGCGGCAGCUCUAGAGGCAGCUGCAGGUGCAGGAAAAUUGGUUGACACCACAGCCCCAGUUGAUCUUGGUACAGAGUCAAAUUCGCUACAUAAUUUUGAUUUGCCAAUAUCAUUGGCUGGUCUCCAGAAGUUUGGGGGCCCUCAUGGCGUACAUCUCGGAUUUAUGGCAAGAAAGCAGAAGAUUGAAGCAACUAUUGGCUAUAAGGUACCUGACAAUGAUGGGAGGCGACAUGUAUUGACACUGAGUGUUAGUGACUACAAGAGACGCAGAGGUCUUCUUUAAGUGGCUGCUAAUUUAGGAAGAUUUCUGCCUACACUGCCAUGUUCAAAGGCCAUUGCAACGGCUCUCUGCAAAUAAAGGCUGGUACUUAAUGAUGGGUUUCUAUAAAGGUAUGCCAUCUUAACCCAAACGAUAUUUUAUUAUCAUGGUUUGUCUAAUGAAACAUUUAAUUGAAAAGUUAUGAUAUUCUAGUUUGGAACAAUAAAAUGUAGCGCUAAUCGGUUUGCUUUGUUAUGUAUUGAACUGAUUGGAUCUCAGACUUACUGUUAAUAAAUUCUUGGCGCUGCCUGUAAUUUCGUUAGUCUA